UCCAAGUAUCUCCGGAAAGAUUCUUAAAACACUCUUUCUAGCACUAGUUAAAAUUUUUGUACUCUAGACGAUUUUUAUUAACUCCAAAAAGAGUAGGGGUCUCCAAAAGAAGAGAGUGAAGAAAGUAUAUUCUACAGUACGUUUCCAUGGAGACUAUAUGUUAUAUCCAAUGUCAUUGUUACUAUUCGCAUACUUCAUUGCCGUAUUCUAAAAUUAAACACAUCAGUCUCUUUGAUUAACUUGCUCCAUUUUUACUUGAAGAUUAGCUGAAAUGACUACCAUAAUACACCACGUAUUUCGCAAAUACAUUCAAACCACCGUCAACAAAACUGUGAACAAAUUUAGGGUCGCUGGCCCAUCCGCUAUCUCCGGCAGUCACGAAGGUGGCUUUAAAGUGUGGAAGAAGCUGACAUUUUUGGUGGCAUUCCCGUCCAUCGCUUUAUGCGACGCUAACAUCUGGCUAAGUCACCAAAAUCAGGGUCGUGAACAGGUGCCUUUCAUCAAGUACGAUCAUCUGAGAACUCGCACCAAGCGAUUCCCAUGGGGUGACGCUUUUCCAUCUUGUUGAAUUUUUAUAUUAUUUAUUUAGGCCUCCAAGUAUACACGAACACAUUAUAUCGUUUAAAAAAUCUAAGAUAUCUAAUAUUUCACAGAAUAUUAUAAAUUGCUACCAUCACAAUAUUUCGUCUUCUUCUUCGUCCAAUAAAUUCCAACAAUCUUCUCUUUUA